AUGAUUCGUGAACUGGUCGACCUGCUAAAGGGGGACCUUCAGCUAGCUGGACUAUUGAAGAAAGUCGGCGAGAAUAAUCUGCCAAGCCAUAGAUCACCUCGCAUCGCAGCAUCUCCAUCAUCCACCGUCCAUUCCAGUUCCCUUCACAUUUCCGACCUCCCCUGUAAUCAAUCACCUUACAUCGAUCAUAAGAAUUUCUCCUUUUUCCCUCUUGCGGCCAUAGAUCACCUCCCCGCCGGAGGUAACUUGCGCCACCCUUCUUGGAACAUGAGCUUUUCAAUCUCUGUAGUCGCCAUAGCAGGAAUUCUCUUUACUGCCGCAUUCCUCUUCACCUACUCUGUUUUAGUCUUCAAAUGCUGCCUCAAACGGCGUACCCCCGACAUCCUCAUCCAUUUUUUCUCCACCGCCCGCGGAGACAUCUCACAGGCUUCCACCACAUCCGAGCCCACCGGUCUCGACUCCGCAGCCAUCCGCUCCAUUCCCACCUUCUGCUACACUUCCAUUCAAUCCUCUGCCGCCGCGGAAUGUGCAGUGUGCUUAUCAGAUUUCCGCUCCGGCGAGCACCUCCGCCUCCUACCAGAGUGCUGUCACGCCUUCCACAUCGACUGCAUCGACGCGUGGCUCCAGACUAAAACCAGCUGCCCUAUAUGCCGAUCUCACAUCACGAAUCCGUGUCCUCCUCCGACGGAUAACCGUAUCGUUCCGAAUCAAAGCGUGGUUGUUGAGGUGAGAGAGGAGGGGAUAAGGAAUCAGAGGAGGAGGUUAGGGCAGGCGGUGAGUAUGGGAAAUGAGUUCAUUGAGGUUAGGACAGAAAAAGAUGAGGUUUUUGCGGUUCAGUCGUUGAGAAGG